AUGCCGUUCUCUAGCCUUCCGCAUGAAAUAAUCCUGCACAUCUGCCAAUACCUCAGCCAUGACAUCCACCAUCUCAACUCCCUCCUCACGGUUAAUCGGCGCCUUGCAAUCCUCCUCACCCCUGUUCUCCUAGAUGCAGUAUGCACCCCCCACCUCACCGAACGGGGUAUGAAAGCAUUCUACUCGGCGAUAGAGCGCGAAGACGAAGCAGCUGUGGAAAGACUUAUCAAAAGAGGCAUCCUCCAACUAGCGGGCACAGGCAGGCUCCUCAACGACGCAAUAGAAACCCAGAGCGAAAAGGUUGUGCGAAAGCUUCUAGAAGAAUGCGGUAUUGAAGUAGGGAGUAUAUCGCACGACGGCCAGACACCGCUAUCCGUCGCAGCAAGCUGUGGGAACGCUCCCGUCAUGAAAUUACUGCUCUCCCAGCCGGGAAUAGAUGUCAACGCCGGGGACGCCGACGGUCAAACGCCCCUACUGAUUGCAGUGGAAAUGGGCCACGAAGAAGCAGUCAGGCUUCUACUCUCCCAUACAGGAGUGCAUGUGAAUGCCACGAAACACAGAAGCUCCGGAACACCCCUCAUUGUGGCUGCUGCAAUCGGGCAUGACAAGGUGGUCCGCCUCCUUCUAGACCACCCAGACAUCAACGUCAACCCCAGGACAGGCUACGGCAGCACACCACUGAAUUGGGCGGUAGCGUACAGACACGAGGCGGUUGCGAGGAUUCUGGUAAUGGAUGAGCGGGUGGAUGUAAACCCGAUGAAUUACAAUUAUUGGCCGCAACUGCGUCCUCCUAUUCAAUGGGACAGGGAGGAAGUAGUUAGUUUAUUCCUAAUUUGUGAGGGGAUUGAUGUUUUCAAGUCGCUAGACGAGCUUGCAAGGAAGAAAUUAGAGGCUAGGAGAACCGAAGAUGGAAGAAAAGGUGAAACCGUGACUGGCAGGUGA